AGCGGUUCCAGCACCUCUGGCUCCGAUCCGGCCAUGGGGGGGGGCGGCGCGGGGGGGGCGCUGCUGGCGGCGCUGCUGCUCACAGCCCGAGGGCUGCGCUGCCCCCUCUGUGACCCACGGGGCUGCCGGGACGUCACCUGUGACCCCCCCGCGAUCUGCUGGAGAACCUCACUGAGCACCGCCCGCGCGGGCCGGGUGCUGCGCAGGGAGCUCGGGGGGGGCUGCGCUGUCCCGGGCGCCCCCGAUGUCCUCAUCACGUUCCGCUCACACGGAGAGGAGGUGACGCUGUGGGAGGGGACGGAGACACCGGGACCCCCCGAACCGCCCAACAACGGCACCCGCGGGCCCGCCCCUCCCCCCCCGUUCUGCCCCACCUGCGACUCCACCGACGGCUCCUGCGAGCGCCCCUCCCCCUCCCUGCGCUGCCCCCGCCCCCACGACGCCUGUCUUGACGUCAUCACCCGAGCGCCCGACGGGGGGGAGGAGGUUCGGCUCCGCGGUUGCGGCUCCGGUGGUCGCUGCGCGGGGCUGUUCGGGCUCGAAACCGGAUCCGAUUCGGGGCGGAGACUGGAACUGAGGUGCUGCCGGGGGGGGAAAUGCGAGAGAGAGGCAGAGCUGCCCCCCUCCGGGCUGCGCUGCUGGGCCUGCGACGGCCCUGAGCCCCAUGGCUGCGCCCCACAAGUGCUGCACUGCAGGGGGGGACUGACGCGCUGCGCCCGCGCCCGCACCCUCGGCGCCGUGGGGCUGCGCUGCCUGAGCUGUGGGGCAGAGCCCGGCGGGUGCCGUGGGGCGAGUGAGGACUGCGAGAGCGGCGUCUGUGGGGAGGCCUGGGCCGACGCCACCUGGAGCCACGGGCGCCUCUCGCUGCGGUGGCGCGGCUGUGGGCGGGGCUUGGCCGGUUCCACCGCUCGCGCCCUCGAGCUCGGCGGCCUCGUGGUGUUCGCCCGGAGGAGGCAGUGCCGGGAGGAGGCCUGCAACGGGGAGCUGGGGGACAGCGGGGGGCACCCCGGCAACAGCAGCGCUCAGGCGCCCAAUGGGCUGCGCUGUUAUGGGUGUGCGGACGACGGCCCCUGCGACGCCCCCUCCAUCGUGGAGUGCUACGGGGACCUGAACGCCUGUUUCCAUGGCAACGUCACCAUGAGCCUGGGGGGGCAGUGGCAGUGGCAGGAGCUGCGGGGCUGCGCGCGGGCGCAGGGCUGUGAGGGGCACCGCGGGGACGAGGCCGUGGGGCUGAGCGGCUCCUGCUGCACCGGCAACCUCUGUAACCACGGCAACGGCACCGGCGACGCCGCCAAAACCUUCUUCGCGCCCGACCGGCCUCGCCUCGAGCUCCUCCCCCACGGCCACGGCCCCACCGCCCACCCCGCCCCCACCAAGAUGGCCGACGGCGCCACCAAGGUCAACGGGACGCACAAGACGGUCAAUGAGAGCCUUAAUAGGGGCAAUGCUACAACCAACAUGGCCACCACCCAAGCCAACAUGGCCGCCAGCACUACUGACACCAAUAAGGUCAAUGCAGGCGUCAACAUCAACUUGGCCAACACCAAUAUGGCCACCACAGACCCCCAUAUGGCCACCAUAGACCCCAAUAUGGCCGCCAUAGAUCCCAAUAUGGCCGCCAUUGACCAUGAUGUGGCCACUGGUGAUCACGGUGCGGGUCCCGGAGACAAGAUGGCGGCUGGCAGGGCGGGACGCAAAGAUGGCGCCAAGGGGCGUGGCCAAGCCCUGGGGGGGGUGGGGUGGCUCCUCCCCCUCCUGCUGCUGCCCCUGCUCUGAGGGACCCCCCCCAAUAAACAGCCCCCAGUUUGGUACUGGUGACACCAGUUGGGCUCCAGUGGCA